AUGGAAGGUAAACUAAUUGAAACUAAUGGCUCAACACCAAAUGAAGGAUCUAAACCCAUUCGAAAAUCGCCAUCAGCACCUUCAGGAAUUCCAGAUUUUGCACCGGUACGACCUGUACAAUCAAUUUAUUCCGAUUCCAGACCUGAUUAUAACUUUAGUGGAGCGGAUUUUGAUGGCAAAUGUGGGAAAUUUAACUAUGCCAUAUUUGCCUCAAUCGGAGUGCCGUAUUCUAAGGCUGUUGAACUUUGUGGAACAAUCUAUCCAGGCGGAAGAUUGGCCUGGAUGGGAGACACUGAAUUGAAACCCACUCGACGUAUGCUUGAUCAUUUACUGAGCUUUCAUUAUAUGAGUUUUAACACCUAUUUUUGGAUUGAUGGCUAUCUCAAAGAUCCAAAAUGCGCCCCACAAAAUUCCUCUUGUACUUGGAUCCCUGGUAGAUACAGCUUGAUUGAAGACCAAUCAACAAAAAUGUUCAAAAAUGAAGACGUUGUUUAUCAUACACCUCGAAAGGGGCCAGAAAAAUUCUGGCCUGUUGUUGUGCCGAAUAAAAAUGGUGAAUACGGUGUGGGGAAGGAGUUUAUUCUCUCAGCAGCACCAGAGAAAGAAGAGAUUGGAUUUGUUUGUGUCUACAGGAAGAGAGAAAAUAGAUGCCCAAUCGGAUACUCACAAGUGGAUGAAAUGCUUCCACAGUAUAUGCAUCCAGUUGCUCUUUCCACAAAAGAGAUUUGUGGUCCGGAAUAUGACAACUAG